AUGAAGUUGUUGGAAAAUGCAACUCUCGACAGUAUAUGUUCCUUUAUUAAGACCAAUUCCAUGGAUAUUACACUUGAUGUUAGGUGAGAAUUUAAAACUUGUUUUUAUUCGUCUUUUGAUUAUAGGAUAGAGUCUUACUCCUGUAAAAUGGUCUCGACCGACAAGAAAGAAUGGAAGAAGUCUUUUAGAACCCCCGAGGAAGCCAAUGAACUUCAGCCUUUGUCUCCUCCUGAAGAUUCAUUUCUUCAUCAAUUGUCAAGUUCACCCUUUUCUAGUGGAAGGUUGAGACAUUCGUCCGAGGUGAGCUGUAGCUCAGACAACGACAUUGACGAGAACGGCCAGAUUGUGGUGGGAACAGUUUCUCGCAGAACCUUGUUCAACUUGGUUUCGCUUCUUAAUCUCAGUUACAACGACUAUGACUUUUCACAUAUCAAAAGUGAGAGUUUUUCACUUGUCCAACUCAAGGAUUGCAUGAAUAACGUAAAUGACAAAUUCACGGCAGCGGUAAGAAGUUUCUCGAACCACAAGGAUGACUUUUGGAAAGCAAUUGACGUUGAGAUCAAACUGAAGGAAUGUAUUAUUUACAGGUAAUUGAAGACGCUGUAAUAUGUUUUCUUUUAGUUAUAUCCCAGAAUAUUCGAACGAUCCUUUCACCGAAGAUGGCUGCAUUUGGACAUUCAAUUAUCUUUGCUGGAACAAGGUCCUUAAACGGAUAUUGUUCUUGUCCUGUCGAGCAUUGAGGCCAGAGAACCUUGACAUUUCCUCUGAACAGCUAUGGGUGGAUGAAUGA